UUUACGCAUACUCUGUAGAUUUUUGCAAAAUUUUAGACAGUUUUUUUACAAAAUUUUAACAAUUAUAAUAACGAAAUCGUUCGUUAAUAAUUGAAAUGCAUGCCCUCGACUUUUAUACAUCGAUCUGCCGCAUUGUCAUGCGUGCUGACCCGUCAGUUCCGGAGUCAUGGAGCGAAUUACGAAGUCUGCUUCCGUGUUUAAGACAAUCGCUUGGUUGUUAUGUAUGCUUUAACGUUCUAUACGAGCCUAUGGGUCCAAACCAUAACGUUUGCAAGCAUUUCGUAUGUAAGAAUUGUGUUGGUGGCAAAAUGCGACUAAAACCUUCGUGCAGCUGGUGUAAGGAUCAUUGGUUAUUUGUCCCAAAUCCUCUACUGAAAGUGUUACUCUCCUGCUUCAAAAAACUGUGUACUUACAUUCAUAAUUCCCCUCUAGGUGAGGCAAUUUGCAGUGUGAACAUGAAUGGUGAGACAAACAAUUUGCAGUCAAUACUGUUAGAAGGAAUUAACUUGCUUGAUCAAUGUGCACCAUCAACAACUGAAAUUUCAUUGCAUCCUGAACCUUCUACAUCUGCCGAACAUUCAACUUUGAUCUCUGAUGAUAAGGAAAUCACUAAAGCAACUAAUGAUACAUCUGCGAAUGAUGACAGGGAAGACAUACCGAUGUUCACAUACCACAAACGUGCUAGAAGUAAAAAGAAAGUCAGACAAAGUGUAAAACUGAUUCACAAAGCUAAGCAGCAAAGAAAACAGGGUUCACUGAAUAAAGUGUUAAACAAAAAAGCACAAAAAGGCAAACAGAAAAGAAAAAAGAAUACUUCAGCUUACGGUGUUUUAAAAUCUAAGAAUGGACCCGAGGAAUUAGAUCAAAUUGAUGAUGAUGAACCCUCAGUGAAAAAAGUAAAAAUUGAACUGCAGCCGCCAGAACUGAAACCCCUCAGUGUGUGUAACUGUGGAAAAACAGGAAAUAACAAUCAGUUGACAUGCAUUGGGCAGAGAUGUCCUUGUUACAGUAUGAAGCUCCCUUGCUUAAGAACAUGCAAAUGCAGAGGUUGUAGAAAUCCAAAGAAAGGACCAGAUUUUCAACCAAGCACAUCAUGUAGUUCUGCAGUGCUUCGAUCGGGAACCAGAAGUACUGCAGAAUCUCUAUGUUUAAAUAUGUGAACAUCCAAUCAUCAUUAAAAUAUUGUUAGUUAAUUAUAGAUUAUAUCUGUUUGUGCUAACAUUUGUUUUUAAAUAUUCAUUUUUUGAGUUUAUAUUUUUUUCAUAAAAACAAAUAUAAACAUUACCCCUAAGGACACCCAAUAUCAUGACGGGACACUAGAACCUCAAUAGAAGAUAUUACAUGUAUAUCAUGUCAAGUUAUCACAAUUGUAUAACAGAAAGUUUGAUACCUGUCUUCAGUUAUUCUGGAAAAUAACUUGGAUGUUUUGAAAAAAAUGUUGAAGUUUCAUGGAAAGGUAUAAUAUAAAAAUGUCCUCAAUCACUUCUUGAAAAGCGGCAUAAUACCUCUGAAAAUAAUUACUAUUUUCCACCUAUACUCUUGAAACAUAUCAAAACUAGACAGAAAGUUAGGACUUAGAAUACUAUCUGAUGAUUUUAUUAUGCUUGAAAAUGCUGUAAAGCUUAAAAUGAAUUUUGGACUUAAUUUUCAGUAAAGAAAUUCUUGGAUUUGCACUUUUUUAACUAACUCAAAUAACUUCACAAAACACUAAAUUUUAUGCAUAGACUCCUGAUUUCUUUUUCAUAUUUACAUACAUGUAUGUAUAUUUAACCUUCUAUGAGAAACAUUUUUAAGUACUGUAGUUUAAAAAUUAAAAUAAUUCAUAAUAUAUUAUUAUAUAUGCUUUCCGGUGGUUUGUAGAGAUUUGUCAGUGAAAUAAUUUUUGAUAUUGUAUUUCACUGUUUCAAACUGUGAAAAUGUCACUUAGAUAUUUUUAAACUUAAACCUGCUCUCAGUUCCAAAUCAAACGUCAGGGCACUCAGGGCUGGGACACAAUUUCAACAACAUUAUUUUUGAAAUGACAUAACAUGCUCAUACAAAAUGGCAUGUUUUUCUACGAAAGCGUAAAUAAUUGAAUUAUGAAUCCCUGGUAUCUAUUUUUAUAAGUCUGGUAUAAAAAGGAUCUAACUGCUUUUUAAACAAUUGUUGCUUAUGAUAUGUAUAUAAUGAAACAAAUUCAUUGUUAUACUUAAGAAAUUAAAAGAAUGGGAAAUAUUUAAAAAUGUCAUAUUUCAAGAACUCAAACAUUUUGUUCUAGAUGUCCAGUCACUAACUUCCCUUUUUACAUUUUUCCAUUGUUUUUUUUUCAAUUGGUGAAUUAAAGCAGCACUCUCAUAGAUUGACAGUUUUGACAUUUUGUUUUUAUCUCAGAAUCAGCUGUUUUGGUAUCAUUAUGCCUUCAAUACAGUCAUACAUUUUAGGAUAACUCACAAUAGAACAGGCCCCAAAUUUCUCGAAACUUCUUAAGUCCCUUAUUACAAGUUUAAGCUAAACUCACUGUUUUUGUUGUUCCAUAAUGUGCGUUGUAUUUACUUCUUUAAGAUUUUUUUGAAAUUAUAUAAGAAAAAUCUGGACGCUAGUUAGAAGAAACCAUUUUUCAUUUAUCGAAAUGCAUUAUUAGUAUGUAUUUUGGCUAAUUGAAAUAAGCGACUUAAGCCUGUUAAGCUUAAGAAGUUUUGAGAAAUUGGGGCCUGAUCUCAAUUGUUUGGACAACUGCCAAAAGUUUUAUUUUUUUUAAAGCUUAAGUAACUCUUUGACCUUUUUAAACAUCAAUUUUUGAAUGUGAAUAUGAAAAACUCAAUCUGAUCUUUUGUCAGCAGUCUUGUAUCAUUAGUUUCAAGAAAUUUAUGCAAAAUUUGGCUCAUUGCUAGACAAAAAAUAAAAAAAAGUUGUCAUAACAGUCAAUCUGUGAGAGUGCAGCUUAUAGCUUCAUUCCCUUUUUUUUAAACUAAUCAACAACAAGUACAGAGGAUCAAAACCUCCUUCUGAAAACCACUUCUGGCUUGUUUUCAGAACACAAUAUUUACAGAGUUCUCGAAAUCUGUUUUUUUUUUGAGAAGAUGGUUAAAGAUACUAUAAAUAAAUCUUUUUUUUUUUCAUUUUCCAAAUGUUUUUUCUGGUGGAUUGUUUUUUAAAGAGACACUCUUAUUCAAAAUGAAUACAUACACAUGUAUAACAAACAUAAAUUUUUGAGUGAUAAACCUUUAACAGCUUAUUAAAUAAUUCAUUUAUGGAAAAUACUAAUUAUGGAUAACAAGACUAUAACCGUGUAUUUAAUAGCAGACAACAUGAAAAAUAUUAAAUGAUUGGUGAGAGAUAAAAGAUUUACUGUGAUCUACUAUCAUCUGAUAAGGUAGAAAUACCAUGUUUUCUGCACCUUUCUUUCAAAUUAAACUCUGUAUCCUUCAUAAGAACCAUUGUUUUUGACAUUUAUUCAUUCUUUUUGGUUUGUUAAAACAAUUGUAUUAAUUGUUGUAAAUCUUAUUUGGGAGUAAGAGUGCAUCUUUAAGCCACAUGAUGUAUUUGUUUUGUUUUUCUUGGAAAAAUACUAAAUCAACAAUAGUAAAAUCAAUUGGAUUCUUUUUAUACCAGACUAAUAUAUUACAUAAGGCUGUUACCAUAGGUUUUUUUUUAUCAAAAAUCAUAAAAUGUUUUAUUUCCAUCUGUACACUACAUGUAGGUAACAAUAAUUUUAAUAUGUUCCUCAUUGUUAUAUAUAUAUAUGUAUAUAUGAUAGGUCAGAUACGGCAUUUUUAUGCACAUUGAAUGAGCCUUAAUAGGGCACUAAGUGCAAGGGCCAAUGUUUAAAUCUUAUUGAGUAAGUCUUGUAUCUAGUUUCAAUAACUAUAGUUUGUUAAGAAUACCUUAGCUAUUAUCUUUACUUUAAUGUCAAAACCCUGUAUAUUAAUUAUUUUUAUACAUUCGAACCCUCUUGGCUCGAACUCUCAGGGCCCAGCAAAAAUACAUCGAGCCUCAAAAAAUUCAAGCCAAGCAAUUUUUUUUUUUAUAUUUAGUAUACAUAAAGAAAUCAGUCCUUUUAUAAUACAUCCAGUUCGAGCCAAAGAGGAAUUCAAGCCAAGCAAAUUCGAGCCAACGGGGUUUGACUGUACUUUUUUUUAAAUUUUACUCUGUCAAAAAUGAGGGCACUGUAGGGUGUAGUAUAAGGAAGCUGGAUGCUUACUCUGCUAUUUAGGGCUAACUGGAGCACUGAGUUAGAUAAAAUGCAACUACAAAAAGUUCUGCACUGAAAUCUAAGUCCGAAAUCUGUAGAAAAAUGGCUGAAGUUUUUUUCUAGUCUUUCCAGAUUCAGAAACCAUCAAAACACAUUUUGAACCCCAACUUUCCAAAAAUUUAUAUGAUCAUCCAAGAUAUUAACAGAAACUAUUUGCAACAUAUACAUAUAUAUAUACAUAUAUAUAUUGCGCUCAUUUUUCCGAAGUGACUACGUGGUCGCUUUUUCAAGAAUUAAUCUAGAACAUGUACAGAAGUGUAGUUGCAUCUGUACAUAUUAUUGCCUGCCUUAUGUGUAUACAAUGAAUGUCAAGUUCUAAAACAAACUUUAAAAGUACUUCACACUACAUUCAUUGUCAAUUUUUCUUUGUUUACAUUUAAAAUUUUCAGUCCUGGUUUCUUUGUUUUAAGUAUCGGGACCUUUUUACUGGUUAUGGGGAAGACAUAUUAGCGCUUUUUGGGGGGAAACAAAUUCUCAGAAUACUUUUUCAAACAUAUUGGGAACAAAAUUAAUGGAGUAAAAAUCAAUUAAACAGUAAAUAUAUCACACAGAGACAUCAUAUAAUGAAUCAUGAGCUUCUUAUUAUAUAAUAUAUAUAUAAGUACUUUUUUAUUUUGUUUUAAAUGGGGAAUUUCAGGGCCUAUUUUGAGAAAAAAAUACAGAUUCUGGCCAUUUGGGGAAGUAGUCCGGUAUCGGCUACAGCAAAGAAGGGUACAUUUUUAGACCCUGAGUAUACAUGGCAAUUUUCAGGGACCGUUUUGUUUUGUUACUUUUUUAAACAUUUACAUAGUGUAAUUUAUGAUUGCUCUUUCACUUUGAUCGUUCUUGACCUUGUUAACAUAUAAACCUUGCAAUUAAUUAUGUAAUUUUCAUGUUAAAUGAUAGAUUUCUAUAAAAGAAAAACAUAGAGUUUAAGAUACCAUCUAAUACCACUUUUAGAAGUUUCAUUUAACAUUUUGGUAAUUAAACACAUUUUGGCAAUCGUUGAUUGUGCCUUUCUUUCAGUAAGCCAUUAGACAAACUUACAAAGAGAUACUAGUAUAUAAGUCAGCAUAUUGAGUCAGCAGAUUGUUGAUUAGAUGUCCAUAUACUUGCUUAAAGUAUGUUCAAUGAUUAAUUUUACAUUUGAAAUGCUAUUUCUGUGAUUAUUGUUGUAGGUCAAACUAUUUUACUUUUCUUUACAUUACUAAAUUGUAUGUUAUGAUUAUGCAUCAGUCAAUUGUAACCACUGUCCCCCCAGGUCUGGGGAAUACCGGGGACAGCCGGGAAAAUGGGCUGUGUUUUCACCUUCCAGGGGGCACUGCAGUGCCAGGUGAAUGUGGUGGUUUUGUUUGCGCUGAAAAUAGUGUGGAAUGGGCCUUACCUAAGAUGUCCCUGGGAUGGGGGGGGGGGGCAUUUGGCGAGGAUUUUACCAGUAGUGUGUCCCUGCAGGGCGGGGAUUUUACCCAAGAUUUGCUGGACCGAAAGUCAAAGUCCAUGCUAUUCCUCGGACCUGGUGGGGGAUCUUGGUUACAAUUGACUCGUGCAUUAGUUAUACAUGAACAUGAAGAUCUGUUAGAAUACCAGUAAAUGAUCUUAAAACACAUUGAUAAACAUUAUACUUAUAUACCUCUUGUUCAUAAGUAAUAGGAUGAAGUAAUAAUCUAUUACAAAAUUAUAAUAUAUAUUAUUUAUAUAUUGAAAUAUUGAAUUUUUAGACAUUAUUUGGUAUCCAAUGCACAGAAAAUGUCUUGCAUGUCAUUUUAAGGAGCCUUUCGAAAAACUUUGUUUCAAUGCAUGUAGACCUUUGGUAUCUUUGAAAGGGGAAAAUGCUUUAUAGCUCAAGUUCCUACUGUUUGUACUGAAUUGAAUUUGUUUUUUAUUUAAAGCAAAAUUGGACGUGAAAUGACAUUUUGUAAUCUUUCGAUGCUAAAAAACCAUGGGAGUAACAUCAUUUUCGAUACAGUGUUGAAUGAAUUCCUUCCCUACAUAUGAAACUCUUUAGAUACAAUUCUUUAUAAAAGGGUCACAAGGCAUUCAAGAUCACAUAAAUGUACGUUACAUAGGAUUUUAAAAUAAAUAGAUUUUGAAUUAGAGUUUAUUACAUUCAUAAAAUUAAUAAAAAUAUUUUUUUUAAAUUUUAUAAGAAGCUAUGUUUAAAUAUUUCUUUAAUUGUUUUACAUUAAUCAGGUGUUCAGUCAGAUAGAUGCUUUUAUAAUUUGUUUCUAAUGUUAAAGCUGCACUCUCACAGAUUGACCGAUUUGACAACUUCUUCUUUUUUGUCUCAGAAUCAGCUGAUUCUGGCACCAAUGCUUUCAAAUCAGUUAUUUAAGUCACAAUAGAACAGAUCUCAAUUGUUUUGAAAACUGCUGAAUUUUACAUUUCUCUUAAAACGUUAGCAUUCUGAUCUUUGAGCACCAGUCUUUUAUAUCACCCGAUUCCAGACAUUAAAUAAAAAAUUGGCUCAUUCCAAGACAAAAAAAAGUUGUCAAAAUGGUCAAUCUGUGACAGUGCAGCUUUAAGAGUAUUUGGAGUAAGUGAUCAUUUUCUCCUGUCUCUUUGCCUCUUACUUAAAUUGUUUGACAACCGGGCUUUUCGCUGUAGUUUUCAAUGUAUUAGUUGUAACAUACUUCAUAAGUGUGUUGUUUGCCACUGAAAUAAAUGUUCCAUGUUCAUUUACAGUCGAACCCCGUUGGCUCGAACUCCAAGGGACCAGCAAAAAUACCUCGAGCCUUGGAAAAUUCAAGUCAAGCUGAAAUGUUUACCUUCAGUUUACAGAAAUCAGGCCCUAACAUCUCGUUGAGCCAAAGAGGAAUUCGAGCCAAGCGAGUUCGAGCCAACGGGUUUCGACUGUAUGAUUAAGUUAUGGUAGAGAAUGUGCUUCAUUUAGUUGAUGAUCUGUUUUGUAAAUAUAGAAUCGUUAGAUACUUGGUUGUGUAUUGAUUUAAGUGAAUUUUGAAAUAAAUCUAGAAAAUGGU